UUGGUAGUGCCUACUCGAGCUCGAGCAUCGCGCGAUCGUAGCCGACGUGGCGCGUCACGUCGAUUACUGAAAGCGCCAACUCGAGUAGCAGUCAGUGCACCGGUAACGCCCAUCAAUUAUCGUUUGAAACAAGCGACGGAUGAGGAUGAUGGAGUGGGCAUAUGUGCCAGCGCCAAGAAGGUCCUCAUUCAUUGA